GAGAGAGAGAGAUGAGGUCUGAAAAGGACCAAGUGACCGCGGGCAAGGAGAAAAGCGUCGUCGAGAUACAGUUCAGGGACAUCCCGAGAGAGCAAGAGAACGUCCCCGGCAACGCCAAGCAGAAAGAAGAGAAGAGAGAGGUUUUCACAAAGGUGGUGAUUCGAAGGCUUCCACCUAACCUGUUGAAGGAUCAACUAGAAGAACAGCUCAGUCCACUGCCAUCCUACGACUAUUUUGAGUUCUUCCCAGCAGAUCAAAGUCUCUAUCCUCACCUGUUCUCCAGAGCGUACAUCAAUUUUAAAAACCCUGAAGAUAUCCUGCUGUUCAGGGACCGAUUUGACGGCUAUGUCUUCAUUGACAACAAGGGCCAGGAGUAUCCUGCAGUGGUAGAGUUUGCUCCCUUCCAGAAAAUUUCCAAGAAGAAGCUCAAAAAGAAAGAUGCCAAAGCUGGGAGUAUUGAAGAAGACCCAGAAUAUAAGCGGUUCUUGGAAAAUUACUCCUGUGAUGAGGAGAAGUCUAUGGCCAAUCCUGAGACUCUGCUGGGAGAGAUAGAGGCCAAGACCAGAGAGCUCAUUGCAAAGAGGACAACACCCCUGUUGGAGUACAUCAAAAAUAAGAAAAUUGAGAAACAGAGAAUAAGAGAGGAGAAGAGAGAGGAGAGGAGGAGAAGAGAGCUUGAAAAAAAAAGGCAAAGGGAGGAGGAGAAGAGAAAGCGACGGGAGGAGGAGAGACGCAAACGAAAAGAGGCCGAGAAACAGAAGAAAUUAUCUGAUAAAGAUAUCAAAAUCAAGCUCCUGAAGAAGUGCGACAGAGACGACGAUGUGGAUUCAGACCGAUUGAAAGACAAAGGUGACAUCGGGGAGACCGAAAGGGGAAAAUGGGAGAAAGCUGGAGGACAAAUGAAGUCAAAGGAACCCAAAGAAAAAGGUCAGCCGGAGAGCGACAAGGAGCAGAGAGAGCAGCACGGACGCCGACAGAGAGAUAAAGAUCACCGUGGGAAGGAUGAGGAGAGAAAACGGCAGCGACACCACUACGAGUUCGACAAGUUCAUGCGCCGCAAAGAUGAGACCAAAUGGGGGAAGGGCUACUGCCAGGACCGGGCCAAGAAAGAGGGGCACCACCACGGCUUUUCUUACUGCCCUGACACUGGAGACAAACUAGGAAAGGAGGACAGGGAGGACCCGGGUAAUAGGAAGGAACGCCUCCGAAACAAGGUGAGCGAGAAGGACCGUCCAGCCAUGCAGCUCUAUCAGCCGGGCGCACGCAACCGCAAGCGCAUGAGUUCAGCAGGCAAAGCCUAUGACUGCAUCCCCGUGGGCCCCUCGCCUGAAGCCGGGACAGAGCGUUGUUAUGAGGUGGUCACUAUGGCGAAAGGGCCGGAGAAGGGGUUUGAGAAAAGCAAAGAUGAGCAGUGAGCAGUCUGGGUUUUCAAAGAAAUACAAAUAAAUUCUUCAGCUUUUCAGCCUGAGUUGAUGGUGACAGAAUUGACUGGUCAUUAUUGAACUUAUAAGACUAAUACACCCCACUGAGGGAGAAAGCACUUCAAAAGCAAACAAUCUCUUAGUACUUGUCAUUUGUGUUAGGUGUAAUAAAACUCGGAUAUUU